AUGGCUAUUGACGCACCCGUGGCUCAGGCCGUUACAGUCAGUCUACAGGAACUUGUAGAUGGAACUGUAUCCUUCGACACGUUGACGGCAGCUUUUGGUCCCUCCUCCCUGGGUAUCAUCAUUGUCAAAGACCUCCCUUCAGCCUUCACGAUAUUACGCAAAAAGGUUCUCUCCAAUGCCUCAUACCUAGCGGCAUUCCCGCAAUCCGAGCUGGAGACCCUCACUAGCCCAGAAUCCAAAUACUUGGUCGGCUGGUCCUGUGGCAAAGAAACCCUGAAAUCAGGCCACUUCGACACCCUGAAGGGCUCGUACUAUGUGAAUUGCGCCUUCUACCAGGACCCGUCUCUAGACAGUGCUCCAGCGGAUGAUUUCCCAGAUCUGCCCCAGUAUACUGCACCAAACAUCUGGCCAUCACCAGAGAAGCUCCCCGAAUUCAGGAGUAGUGUGGAAUCUCUCUGUGGACUGAUCAUCGAUACUGCGGCCCUGGUUGCCAAGGCCUGUGACCGGUAUGCAGAAGCCAACAUCGAGGGUUACAAGCCUGGAUAUUUGCACCACGUUGUCACGACUAGUCUGACAACCAAAGCGCGACUCCUGCAUUAUUUCCCUGGAAACGAGGAAGCUGAAUCAGAGAGUGACGAUGACUGGUGCGCUACGCAUGUUGACCAUGGCUGUCUGACGGGCUUGACAUCGGCCAUGUUCCUCGACGAGGCUGUUUCUCCUCCGACGCUGGAUGCAGAGGGGUCUGCUUCUGCCCCUCUCCCCGAACUUCCCCGUUCCCCCGAUCCUUCGGCUGGACUGUACAUCCGUUCGCGCACUGAUCAAAUUGUUAAAGUCAAUAUCCCUAGGGAUUGUCUGGCUUUCCAGACUGGUGAGGCCUUGCAGCUCAUCACGCAUGGAAAGUUCUUGGCUGUGCCCCAUUUUGUGAAGGGGGCUAAGGCGAGUCCUGGACAGAAGAUUGCGAGAAAUACGCUUGCUGUGUUUACGCAGCCGAAUCUGGCCGAGGAGGUGCAGCCUGGAUUGAGCUUUGCGGAGUUUGCUAGAGGGGUUGUGCAGAAGAAUUAUUGA